CUAAUUCAUCAACUUCUUAUUGGCUCAUUGCAACUACAACUCCUACUAUUUGCAAAACAAGAGCCUUUAAUUCAUCAAAACCAAAAUGAUGUUGAAGAAGCAAUCUCAUAUCUUAUCUUUUACAAUAGUAAUACUAUUUUCUCUAUUGUAUUCCACAACAACAACUUUAUCUCAAUUAUCACCUGCUAAUGCUCCAAUACAGCCUACACUACCGGGUGCGGCUCCACCAGCCGCAUCCCCGAAACCAUUGGUUCCGUCAUUACCACAAUCACCGAGUGAUUCGACACCUGACACUUCAUCAGUUGAUAUCGUCGGAAUACUAAGACAAGCAAAAUCAUUCAACGUAUUCAUUCGUCUAAUGAAAACAACACAAUUGAUAAACCAACUGAAUUCACAACUAUUGACAACAAAAUCAGGAGGGUUAACAAUUCUUGCACCAGAUGACAGCGCGUUCUCAGAACUAAAAGCAGGGUAUCUGAACUCUCUAUCAGACGGACAGAAAUUGGAACUAUUACAGUUUCAUGUAAUAUCAGAGUAUGUAUCUAGCUCUAAUUUUGAUACUCUAACCAACCCUGUCAGAACACUCGCUGGAGCCAAACCUGGAAAAGUAGAACUCAAUGUCAUAAGUUAUGGUGGAAAUGUCAACAUAUCAACAGGGGAAGUCAACACAACAAUAAAUGGCAUUAUAUAUACUGAUAAACAUCUUGCUAUUUAUAAAGUUGCCAAAGUGCUUCUUCCUGUUGAUUUCUUUGCCGUUGCUAAGGCGCCAGCAAAGGCGAAGGGACCGUCUUUGGCGCCGGGACCUUCUGUUGAUGCAGCAAAGGCGCCUAAAGCUGAUAAGGAUACAUCCUCAGAUUCUUCACAGGUGAUUAAUCCCACUCAUGAGAGUUCUGCUUCUGUGAAGAUUGUUUAUGGAACAUUUGGAUUUGUAUUAUUAGCUUUGGUGGGUAUGACGCAAAUCUGAAAUUGAGACCAGUUGAUUUUUCUUGUGAUUUUCAUUCUCCAGGAUCACAAGAAAAGCGUUCUGUUACAUUCUGUUAAAUUCUUUUUGGGUUUUGUUGCUUUUUUGUUUGUGUAACUAUAUGUUGUGAUGAUUACUUAUGGAUUUGUUUCUUUAAUUUGUUUGUGUACGAAUAUUGCUUUACGAGAGCAUCAUUCUUAUGAUUAUUAUCAAUGAUAUGUCACAUUCUAAUACAUUUAUUUUGGGUUUUGAAUCGCGGUUUGCGAAGUAA